AUUCUGUCAUAUGAAUGUAUAGCAAAAUAGUGAGAACAGCAAUAUGAAUGGAGAGAUGAGGAAACCGUUCAUAAUCAAGCAAACAAACAGUAUUUCAGAUCAACAAACACAAGUUGAAGAUGGGUUAUUGAAAGAAAACAAAGAAAGUCUAUGGAUGGUAUACUUGAGCACUUUUGUUUCAAUUUGGGGCUCUUUUGAGUAUGGUACCUGUGUAGGGUACUCAUCGCCUACUCAAGCUGCAAUCACAGAGGAGCUCAAUCUAUCGUUAGCAGAGUCACAAGUGGAUCAAUUGCUGAUUUCAUCGGUCGAAAAGGGGCAAUGAGAAUGUCAAGUGCUUUUUGCAUUACAGGAUGGCUUUCCAUAUAUUUUGCUAAGGACGCACUGGCACUCGAUGUUGGAAGACUUGCUACGGGAUAUGGGAUGGGAGUCUUUUCCUACGUGGUACCUGUUUUCAUAGCUGAAAUAGCACCCAAGAAUCUUCGAGGAGCCUUGACAACAUUGAAUCAGCUUAUGAUUUCCUGCGGAGUUUCUACUUCAUUUUUGAUAGGACAGCUUCUACCAUGGCGCAACCUGGCAUUAUUUUCAUUAGUUCCUAGUGCCAUUAUGCUUGUGGGUCUUCUCUUCAUUCCAGAGUCUCCUAGAUGGCUGGCGAAAAUCGGAAAACAAAAAGAGUUUGAAGCAGCACUACAACAGCUUCGGGGAAAAGAAGCUGAUACUUCUAGUGAAGCAACCGAAAUCCAAGAUAGUAUGGAAUCUCUUCAACAACUCCCACAAGCCAAAUUAAGGGACUUGUUUCAAAUAAGAUAUUUACGUUCAGUCACUAUUGGAGUAGGAUUAAUGGUUUGUCAACAAUUUGGAGGAAUAAACGGAGUCGUAUUCUACCUAAGACAAACUUUUGUUUCUGCAGGAUUUCCACCAGACCUUGGAACAACUAUCUGUGCCAUUCUUCCGAUCUUCGUUACCGCCCUGGGUGUAAGUUUAAUAGAUAGAGCUGGACGAAGAGCACUUCUACUGGUCUCAGCAACAGGUCUGGUUCUAGGUUGCCUCCUAGAUGGAGCUGCAUUCUUUAUGAAGGAUCAUGAAUUGCUACUCGACGCAGUACCAGCACUUACUGUAACAGGAAUCCUGGUGUACAUAGGAUCAUUCUCUAUAGGAAUGGGAGCAGUACCAUGGGUUGUAAUGUCUGAGAUCUUCCCGAUAAAUGUAAAGGGAGUUGCAGGAAGUUUAGCAACAUUAGUUAGUUGGUUUGGCACAUGGGUGGCUUCCUAUACUUACAACUAUCUCAUGAGCUGGAGCACUUACGGUACAUUUAUGAUAUAUGCCUUGAUCAAUGGACUAGCUAUUAUCUUCAUAGCAAGGGUAGUGCCUGAAACAAAGGGAAGAACCUUAGAAGAAAUUCAAGCUACCAUCAACAAUCAUGAAGAAGAUCAAGAACAUAGGAAAUAAGCUGAUGAACUCAAAUUAGCAUGUAUUAUAUGUAUAUUGUUGUCCAAAGUCAAAAAGAAAAAAAGAAACAAACAAACAAACAAAAGUAACUGAUUGGUUCUGCAUUUGUCACCCGGGCGAUUCUUGGUAUAUGAAACACAUAAUAAACCAAGCAAAAUGCUUUAUAGAUUCA